GGAAUAUGGGGUUGUGCUUUUUGGGACCUGACUUUUUUUUUUUUGUGUGCCUGUGUUAUUUAACUUGACACGACUUUCAAAAGAUUUCUAUGACAAUAUCAAGUACAAUCACAAUUUUACAGAUAAUGUAAUCAAAGAAAGAAGACAAAAAUUAAAAAUUGAAAAUAAAGAGAAUAUUGAAGAGAAGACAAAUUUUUUGAAUUUAAUGUUAAAAUUGUUAAAUAGUGAAAAUAAAUUCACUGAUAAGGAUAUUCGGGAGCAAAUGGACACAAUUAUUAUUGCGGGUCAUGAUACAACCUCUCGUACAUUAAAUUUUAUUUUACUCAUGUUGGCAUCUCAUCCCAUUGUUCAGGAUAAAGUUUAUGAGGAGCUUUUUAAUAUUUACGGCACUAAUGAUCCAGAAAUUGAUCCAAUAAAUUAUGACGAUUUAAAACGAUUAGAAUAUUUAGAAAGAGUAAUUAAAGAAACAAUGAGACUUUUCCCUGUUGCAGUAAUCAUAUCACGAAAGGCAUUAGAAAACUUUACAUUAGAUGGCUACACAAUACCAAAAGAUUGUGGUAUGAUUGUUUCAAUUUUUAAUCUUCAUCGCGAUGAAAAAAUUUGGCACGAUCCAUUCAAAUUUGAUCCAGAUAGAUUUCUACCUGAAGAAGUGAAAAAAAGACAUCCGUGUUCAUUUAUUCCUUUUAGUUUUGGAAUUAGAGAUUGUAUAGGACGUACAUAUGCCAUGAUGUCUUUGAAAUUGUUUACUGCGACUAUUCUUCGAAAAUAUAUUGUGAAAAAGGAUAAAAUCUCAAAAAUAGAGGAUAUAGAAUUAACGACGGAUUUUUUGCUUUUAACUACUGAGCCAAUUAUUCUAAGAAUUGAAAAAAGAGUAAAAUAAUAUACCUAAACAAAAUAAAAUGAUAUAAACAAUUUUACUUUGUAUAAUAAA